GUCGGUGCUUUAAGGCAAAGUUAUUCUCAAUAGAGCAAAAUAAAAGCCAAGCAAAGAAGCACAAAGGCCUUUUCACACCUUAUCUGUUCUCCCUUCGUGUCAUGUAGACGGACUCUACAUCUCAGACCCCUUCAUGUCUUCUGCUCCUCGCUGAGAGACUUUUUAAUGAGGCACUGAGGACUGCAGCUCAUUACAGCCAGAGGGGGAGCGGGGAGAUUAAGUUUUGAAAAUCAAGCAUCAUGUUGAUUAAAUAACCUCAGCUUAUAUGUACAAAAUAUAUGAAUAUGUCAGAGUGCUUCUUCCAACAUAAUCACUGCUCUUUUGGCAGCCAUGUUUUCUUGUAUCUGCCUGUUUCUAGAGCAGGUUGUAAGCGAGGCUGCGUUUCUGAAUGAGGAAACACAGUUCAGAGAGUUUGAUAAGCCCUCCCUCUUCUUCCUGCUCUCACACACAGCCAGCUCCACUCUAUUUCCUGGUUCCUCCCCUUUAGAUCCACACUGAGGAGGAUGGGUGUAACAACAUGCGGGUAAAGUACAAGAGCUGACAGACCACAUUCACUGCACACACACAUGCUGUUCAGAUCACAGCUCACACUAGUUUCAGCUCUCAGGAAGUGAAACUCAGACACUCGCUGCCACUGAGAGGAGAAAUGGAGCAGAAAGGAGUUCAGCUGGACCGGGAAACCUUCUCUUGUCCCAUCUGUCUGGAUCCACUGAAGGAUCCGGUGACUACUUCCUGUGGACACAGCUACUGCAUGGAGUGUAUUAAAGGCUUCUGGGACGGAGAGGAUGAGAAGGAAGUCUACAGCUGCCCUCAGUGUAGGCAGAGCUUCACACCGAGGCCUGUCCUGCUGAAAAACACCAUGUUAGCAGCUUUAGUGGAGGAGCUGAAGAAGACUGGACUCCCAGCUGCUCCUGCUGAUCACUGCUAUGCUGGAGCUGAAGAUGUGGCCUGUGAUGUCUGCACUGGGAGAAAACUGAGAGCCAGUAAGUCCUGUCUUGUGUGUCUGGCCUCUUACUGUGAGAAACACCUCCAGCGUCAUUAUGACGUAGCUCCAUUAAAGAAACACAAGCUGGUGGAGCCCUCCAAGAAGCUCCAGGAGAACAUCUGCUCUCGUCACGACGAGGUGAUGAAGAUGUUCUGCCGUACUGAUCAGCAGUGUAUCUGUUAUCUCUGCUCUGUGGAUGAACAUAAAGGCCACGACACAGUGACAGCUGCAGCAGAGAGGACUGAGUGGCAGAGAGAGCUGGAGGGGAGUCGAAAAAACAUCCAGCAGAGAAUCCAGGAUGGAGAGAAGGAGGUGAAGCUGCUUCAGCAGGAGGUGGAGGCCAUCGAUCGCUCUGCUGAUAAAGCAGUGGAGGACAGUGAGAAGAUGUUCACUGAGCUGAUCCGUCUCAUGGAGAAGAGAAGCUCUGAUGUGAAGCAGCAGGUCAGAUCCCAGCAGAAGAGGGAAGUGAGUCGAGUCAAAGAGCUUCAGGAGGAGCUGGAGCAGGAGACGGCUGAGCUGAAGAGGAGAGACGCUGAGCUGAAGCUGCUCGCUCACACAGAGGAUCACAACCAGUUUCUGCACAGCUACCCCUCCCUGUCAGCCCUCAGUGAACCCACACACUCAUCCAGCAUCAACAUCCGUCCUCUGAGAUACUUUGAGGACGUGACGGCGGCCGUGUCAGCAGUCAGGGACAAACUACAGGACGUCCUGAGAGAGGAAUGGACAAACGUCUCAGCGACUGAAGGGGAUGUUUUACUGUCAUCAGCAGAGCCCACCACCAGAGCUGGGUUCUUAAAAUAUUCACAGGAAAUCACACUGGAUCCAAACACAGCAAACACACAGCUGUUAUUAUCUGAGGGGAGCAGAAAAGCAACAGUCAGUGAUCAACAACAGUCUUAUUCUAGUCACCCAGACAGAUUCACUGCAUAUCGUCAGGUCCUGAGUAGAGAGAGUCUGACUGGACGUUGUUACUGGGAGGUGGAGUGGAGCGGGACAGGAGUUUUUGUAGCAGUCUCAUACAAGAAUAUCAGCAGAGCAGGGUGUGAAAGUUUAUUUGGAAACAAUGAGAAAUCUUGGGCGUUAGUUUGUAAACAAAACAGUUAUACAUUUCGUUACAACAGAAUCAACACUCCCGUCUCAGGUCCUCAGUCCUCCAGAGUAGGAGUGUACCUGGAUCACAGAGCAGGUAUUCUGUCCUUCUACAGCGUCUCUGAAACCAUGACUCUCCUCCACAGAGUCCAGACCACAUUCACUCAGCCGCUACAUGCUGGACUUUGGCUUUAUGAUUAUGGAGACACAGCAGAGUUGUGUAAACUGGAAUAGCCCGAAGUCCUUUGAGGAGCUCUUCUUAAACUCAUGGUGUGUCCAUCAUUGUUGCUGAGAGCUGAUUGGUCGUGUCUCCACUGCACAGAGAUCAGCUGUUAAUCAAACACUGUGGGCGGGCCUUUAACCUCUCCUCCUGAGUUGUUCUGUAAAUGUUGGAGCUUCUUUAGGCGGCGCUCCUUCCUGUGUCUGUUUAUCCAUGGAGGCUGUCACUGCUCUGGAGGAUUCCUGUUAACCUGAACUCACAUUUCUCUGCAUUGAAAUGUAAACUCUGCUCUAAAUAUUUGUUGGAUAUGAUUAUUGAUGCUUUUAUAUUUUCAUAUUUCUCUUGUAAUGCUCGGGUCUUAAGAGAGAAAGCACCAGAGCUUCUUUCAUUGUACAUAUUUUAUUCUCACUACUCUGGAAAAAAAAGAGGCAUUUAUAACGGCGUGUAUUUUUCACAGACUAAAUGUUAUCGUUGUUGUCAACAUGUUAACAAAAGAGGUACUCUGAUGUUUAUAACGCAUAUUUCAUUAAACAAAGUCCUUUUAAAAUGAUAUUAAUCACCAUUAAGAUCAUGAUCAAUAAGUAAAUCAUGUAUUUUAUUUUAAUUAGCUCAGAUUUUGGUCAGACAAAUUGAUUGUGUGGGAAAAAAUACCAAUAUGUAUUAUUUUUGCAGACUAACUGUUGUUGUUGUUGUUGUUGUUGUUGCCUUAUCACUGUACAAAUUGGGUACUAUAGGUUUUGUUAAACUGUGAAUAUGAUGGUAAUCAAUAAGUAAUAAUUUCUGGUUCUGUUUGAAUCGCUGAGAUUCCGGUUGAACAGUGAUUGUGUGUAUGGAGUGAAUCUGAUCAUGAAAUCAUUCAACAUUAAUUGUUAACCUGAAAAGCUAACGGGUUGAGUUUGUAAUAAAUUGAGUUUCUAUUUACAUUUUCAGGAUGUGAGAUGAGAGAUUAACAUGUCUGGAAAAAUGAAAUGUUGGGUUUUUUCUUGUUAAUAAAAGAGCUAAGAGGACAAAAGUGAAAA